CUGAGGAUUUAAGCCGCUGGGGAUAUCUUGCCUCUAUGAUUUAAUUUAACGGAUGCUUAUUAAUCAGUUUGCUAUAGCAAGGUUUUUGUGAUUGAAACCUUAAUUGGCAGGGAAUUCUACCUUAUCAUUACAUAUUUUGCUUUCUGUAUUGCUAUUUCAACAUACAGAUUUUUUUCUUUUCGGAAAACAAGGAAACAGUGAGUGGACAAAGGUUAAUUACUACUGGUACAUGGGAGCUAUAAUCACUGCUCAAGAUCUGAUUUCAGCAGCAGAGGAGUUAAUUCCUCAAUAACUAGGAAGGAAUUGUAUAAGUGUUGGAACAAAUUUUUUCGUUUCCUUGUGCUUGAUUGUAUAAAUGAAUGAAGGUUUCUUGAGUGUAUGAAGGUUCUAAAUUAUUAUGGCCUAUUGAAGGAGAAGUAGAAUUUCUAGAGGUCUCUUGAAUGUUUUGAAUAAUGAAGAAAGGUAGUACAAAGGAAGACGCUCUUCCUAUACAGAGAAGAUGGUUUCAUCCCCACAUUUCGGGUGUGAAGGCUGAAGAAUUAUUAAAGGAGCGGGGUUAUGAUGGUAGCUUUCUGGCCAGACACAGUACCAGUAGUCCUAGUGACUUCACGCUCUCUGUAAGGAGGAAGUCGGAGGUGACCCACAUUAAGAUCCAGAACAAUGGGGAGUUCUACGACCUGUAUGGGGGUGAGAAGUUUGCCACUCUGGCAGAGUUGGUGCAGUAUUAUAUGGAGAAUCAGGGACAGUUAAAAGAGAGAAAUGGGGAGGUCAUAGAGCUCAAAUAUCCCCCUAACUCAGAGGACCCCACCACUGAAAGAUGGUUCCAUGGUCAUAUAUCUGGGAAAGAAGCAGAGAAGGUGCUGAUGGAGAAAGGAAAGAACGGUAGCUACUUAGUGAGGGAGAGCCAGAGUAAACCGGGGGAUUUUGUCUUGUCUGUGCGGACAGACGAUAAAGUGACUCAUGUCAUGAUCUGCUUCCACGAUAAAGAUGAAACUUAUGAUGUCGGGGGUGGAGAGAAAUUCAAAAGCCUGACAGAUCUUGUGGAGCAUUACAAAAAGAACCCCAUGGUGGAAAAACUGGGAACUGUGGUUCAUUUAAAAAUGCCUUUCAAUGCCACAAGAAUAUCUGCAUCAGGAUUAGAAAACCAGUCUCGGCAGCUAGAGAAGGAAAAGGACAGUACAAACAAUAAAAGAAAAGGGCAGCAUGAUUUGAUUUUUCAGCAAUUACAACAGAUGGAAGUGCGCCAUUUAUACAGCAGGAAGGAGGGACAGAGGAUAGAAAACAAACCCAGAAACAGAUACAAAAACAUCUUGCCAUUUGAUCACACAAGGGUUGUCUUAAAGGAUGGAGACCCAAAUGUCAUAGGAUCUGAUUACAUUAAUGCCAACUUCAUCACAGUAAGAUAA